AAAAAAAAAAAAAAUGAAGGUCAACGAACACACUGCAAUUUUGACACCUCGGGUGGUGCUGGUCCCGUACGAGGCGCGACAUGUGGCCAAGUACCAUCGCUGGAUGAGCGAUACCGAAAUCCAGGCGGCCACGGCGUCUGAGCCCCUUUCGCUGGAGGAAGAGUACGAGAACCAGGAGUCCUGGCGACAGGCGCAAGACAAGCUUACCUUCAUUCUGUGCCGGCCGGUAACCCAGCGAGGUGCGAUCGACGGACGAGUGACUGCGGGGGAGGUGGACGGUGAGGAGGCGAUGCUCGGGGAUGUGAAUUUCUUCUUGUACCCUUACGAUGGUGAUGAGGAUGGCGACGAAGAGAGAAAGGAAGAGCAAGGGCAAAGGCAAAGGCAAAGGGAUCUGAUCGGCGAAGUAGACGUCAUGGUUGCCGAAGGAGAGUGGAGGGGCAAAGGCGUGGGGUUUGCGGCGGUGACGGCGCUCAUGAACUACCUUUACCGGCAUCUGGAUGGGAUAUUGGAGGAGCACGUCCGGGGAAAUGGUCCUGCGCAAGGAGGACCGAGUACGUCCUCCUCUCGACCGCGGCUACGGAGUCUCGUGGCCAAGAUCAAGGAGGGGAAUCGGAAGAGCAUCGCAUUGUUCGGAAGGGUGGGCUUCGUGCAGCGAGGCGGUGUGAACUACUUUGGGGAGUUGGAGAUGGUGCUAGAUGACUUCGAGGGGUUCAUGUCUCGCGUCCUCGAGGAAAGGGAGAAAGGAGAGGGAGACGAGGGGUCAUGGGGCAGGGAGUUGGCGGGGGAGUAUCAAGAGGUGGUAUAUUCUAGGAUGUAAUGCGGUUAGGUGCGGGCGGGAGAGCGAGCAUGGCUAGACCAUGAAGAGACGAGAGAGCGGAGGUCGAGGAAGAGGAGGAGGGAGGAUGGAUCAUAGGGGGAGGUGAAGGACGGUGAUGGUGGGCCACAUGAGGUUUCACCGAGGAGCAGCGCUAG